AUGAUCUCAAACAUCCCCAACGUCCAAACGGCCGCCCUUAUCAAAGACCCUGGUUCCAAUGCACGGAUAGAAAUUUGUCAUGAUUAUCCUGUUCCUCAGCCUGGGAAAAAUGAAGUCUUACUGAAAAUGGAAUGCUCAGGAAUAUGUUACUCAGAUAUUUAUAUAUAUACGGGAAAUAACCCACAUUACAAUGAAGUUCCCUGCCAUGAAGGCGUCGGUCAGGUCGUGCAGCUUGGUCCUGGGGUUGCAGAUGCUCUUCUUGGUCAAAGAGUUGGCCUUGGUUGGAUUUACAGCGUUUGCGGCCACUGCUACAAUUGCACUGCUGGUCGUGAUAAUUGGUGUGUGAACCAGUUUAAUACCGGCACUGAUAAGCCAGGAACCAUGCAGCAAUACGUUGUCGCCAAUGCGGAUUAUUUAAUGCCAAUUCCAGAUGAACUGUCAUCACUUCACGCUGCGCCAUUUCUCUGCGGCGGUAUUACCAUGGUCGGAGCCUUGUCACUUUGUGAUGAUGCCCUCGCGGACGGUGAUACUCUGGUCAUUUCAGGAUCAGGGGGCGGUCUAGGGCACCUGGGAUUACAACUUGCUUCCAAUAUCGAGAGCAAGAAGCGCUUGAAUAUAAUCGCUAUUGACACUGGUUCAGCUAAGAAAAAAUUGAGCCUCGAUCUAGGAGCCGCUGCCUUCGUCGACUUUCAAACGGAGGAUGUAAUUAAGAGAGUGAUGGAGUUGACAAAUGGUAAAGGCGCCGACGCUGCAAUAGUUGUCCCUGAAGCAACUGCAGCCUUUGAUCAAGCACUGGAGUACCUAAAAUUUACUGGUACAAUGAUCUGUGUUGGAAUUACUAGAAUGGAUUAUCGCCUCCCACUUUCUCCCACUGCGCUUGAGCAUAAAGGCUUGGUGAUUAAAGCGUGUCACGUAGGGACCGAAAAACAAUUGAAAAAUUUGCUCAUUUCCGCUAGAAAGAAGGAAGUGGUCCCGAAAGUUGAAGUCUUUGACUUUUCCAAAACUGGAGAGCUGUUUGAGCGAGUUAAGCGCGGUGAUAUUGUCGGUCGUUUCGUCGUGCAAAUACCGCAAUAA